CCGCCCCUGCCUCGCCUGUCAGUUCUUUUGACAAACACGAGCGACGACUGCAAGCGGCUGCGCUUACUCGCCAAGAAUAAUACGAGUGGGCAGGAGGGGGGAACUGGCUGAAAGAAAAAAAAAAAGAGAAAGAGAGAACAGAAGGGAGGCCAGAAGCACGCCGAGCUUGAAGCAUGGCGGGUCAACAGGACCUUCAGCACAGGAAAGCGGGCACCAAUCUUCUGCUGGGCGUCUUGCUGCAGUUCCUCUUACCGCAUUUUCGGCCGGGAGAGCCACCUCAACAAGCCCUUGCUCAGAUGGCUGGAGUAGUGGAGGUCUGGCAAGCUGAAGAAGGAGAUCUACUUCCCAAUCAGGAUGAACAGGAUGGGGAGGAUCUUAUACAUGAAGACAGCUCUCCACUAGGCAAUGGAAGAGCCUUGCAUUUUUGGCCAUCUCAACUGGAUUUUGGAACACAGCCGGUGGGGGUACCAAGAGUGGAAGUAGUCAACGUCCUCAAUCCCAGUCAUGAUCUACCAUUGACAUUGACAUCACUGUUUACAUCAAGCACGCAUUUUUAUAUGCCAUCAUUCCAUAGUAGGGUGAUCCCACCCCGAGGAAAAUCCUCAUUUAAAGUUAUCUUCCUGCCAACAGAGGAAGGAAGUGUAGAAAAUGUUUUAUUUAUAAACGCAUCCUCUCAUGGGAUUAUUUCCUAUCAGCUGUUUGGUGCUGGUAUAUCUUUAGGUUCUUCAGGUGUGCCUCUGAAAAUACCCAGUACUUUCAUUUUUCCAGAUAUACAUAUAUUACGAUCAAACACUCAGGAAGAAGCUUUAAAUAGCAGUAGGCUGUGGCUGCAGCUUGAAUGUAACAUACCUAAAAGAGGUGUUCACUAUUCUCAGGACUCUUGCUUUGUAGAAGAAGAAAACUUACUUGUUCAAGUCCAUCUGUUUGAUAAAAACAGAAGAAAUGAAGGAUUUGAAAAACUGGAGCACUACGUUAAUGAAAAUGUUUUUGUGCUCUUUGUAUUAAAGGGAUAUAAUAUAGUAGAAGAGCCAAAGAUCACUAUUUAUUUAUUAAAUUCAGGAGCCAGGCUGUUACAGGCAAAGGAAAUAAAGCUUGUUUCCCAAUCAAAAGGCCUGUUUGAAAUUGAGCAAUCUCUACUCCGUCCUUCUGCAUCGAAGUUUACACAGAUUGCCUCAUUGGUGUGCAGAGCUACUCAAACACCAUCUGGCCAUGAAAAAAAGGGAUCAGGUCAGAUGACAAUGCGUGUAUUGAAAGGUAGCUCUACGCUUAAAUCAUAUCCUUCACUUCAAAUUUCAUAUAGGAGUUUUGAACAUGAAGCAGCACCCACGUUAUUUGACUUGAAGAAUAAAGAUGCAGAAGAAGAUCUCAUAGACAUUUGGUUAACAAAUGGUUUUGAUUUUAGUUUUACCUUAGAUAAGGUACAGUUUCCCAAAGAAGCUGAUAAAUUCCUUAAGGUUCUGAAUUUUAGCAGCCCAGUGCUUGUUCCACCGGGUUGCUGGAAGAUGUUUACUUUGCAAUAUGUAAACAGAAUAGCCUCUGCAAGCGUAGUGGCCAAUAUAAUAUUGGUUACUAGCCAUGGUUUUUCUUUAGAGAUGCCUCUUCAAAUUAAGUCCACAAUGCUAAAGGUUUCAAAAAAUAAAACACACUGUGAUAAUUCAUAUCGUGUAAGAUUAUUGGAUGCAGCUAGUGCUGAAUGGCAGGAGAGUCUUCUUUUAGAUUCUUCAACUUGGAAGGUAGAUAAAAGGCUUGCUACAGAGAUGUGGUCAAAAGAUAAAGAUCAGAAAACACUCAGCUGUCCUAAGUUACUUAAAGAUCCUGGGCUCACAGUGGACUUCAAAGCUACUUCUGUCAAUGAGAGCAAAGUUAAAUAUUUCACACUUAAAAAUCCAGUAGAUGCCCCUGUUACGGUUCAGUUGCUGCCUGUUUCUUCAUAUCCCGAACCUCAUGAAGCUCUUAAUGCAUUAAUAAAAUGGUUUAACUUACCUUCCCUUGAUAUUAAUUUGUCUACAUCAGAGUUUAUGCUAAUGAUGCACACACAUGAGGAUGACAUCAACAUUACAAACCACACUAAAAGCACUGUGGUAAAUCUUCAUCUUGCACCAAAGGAAUUGAAGAAAAUUGGUGUGGCUUUUACACCAGUAGAUAAAAAAUGUGUAACAUCAGUUAUUCUAAUAAGGAACAACUUGACAGUAUUUGAUAUAGUUUUAGUGAAAGGUUGUGGUGCCAAAGAAAUACUGAAGAUUGGAGGAAGGUUGCCUGGUACAGGAGCAUCUCUUAGAUUUAAUGUUCCUCAGUCUACUCUAAUGCAGUGCAGGAAUGGCUUAAAAUCAAGCAAACCUUUUGUUGUUCAAAAGACCUUUACAUUAGAGAAUGCAGGAGAACUUCCAUUGACUAUAACAUCUAUGAGUAUCAGUGGAUACAAGUGUCAAGGAUUUGGAUUUGAAAUUCUGGGCUGCCAUACAUUACCUUUGGAUUACAACUCAACACAAGAAAUCAGCAUUGUUUUUACACCAGAUUUCACUACCUCUUGGAUAAUCCGAGAUCUCACCUUGGUGACAGCACGAGGGUCAUCUUUUAUCUUCACUCUCAAUGUUACCCUUCCUCACCACAUGUUGCCACUGUGUGCCCAGUUUUUACCUGGUCCUAGCUGGGAAGAGAAAUUUUGGAUUGUUGUCAUCGUUUUUACUUGGUUGUCCCUGGGGGGUGUAUGUUUGAUGGCUUUUCAUCAAGCCCAGUGUAUUUUGAUAGAUUUUUCAAUACCAGCAUUAAGGCAGAGUAACAAUUCAGGACUCCCUCGUGAAAGCAGCCAUGUUGAUACAAUCACCUCCACGUCUGCUAGAGGUAAAGGCAGUUGUAAGACAUUCACUGAUUCGGGAAACACUCCUGAUAAAGGGAAAGGAAAGGGGUCCCUUUCUGUCACAAGUGGAAACUGCAGAACUCAGACCUCCUCAAAGAAAAGUCCUGGGACGUUUGCUCAAUCUCAGAAGAAGUAUAAGGUGUCAUUGUAUUACAGUAAAUACAAAGUGAAUCCUACAUCUUCAACAAUUGUUGCUGCUUCUUCCAUGUCUUCUCAAGAUGAAGAAUGUUUGCCAGUCAAGGAACCAUAUAACCAGGAUGAUCAUAUUGAGGAAAAUACCAAUAAAAUCUAUGCCAUUGAAAAUAAAAAUACUGUAUUGCAGGAAUCAGAGGUGCACAGUAGACAAGGAGUUUCUUUCACUGUAAAAGACUGCAGGAACAUAAACACAGACAUGUUUCCCAUGGAAACAAACAUUAAGCCCUCAGAGGAACUAUCUGUGGCUACAAACAAUCGUCUAAACCACUGGCCUUGUAGUUCUGUUGAAAAAAAAGACAAUGAUCAGGUCUCAGAUGAUCAGCAGUGCAGCACUUUUUUGCCUUCCCCAGAAAAGAAGAUAGUUGAGAAAAGGGAUAUUGGUAUUGGUAAGGUGAAGGAAGACUGUAACAAAAACAAAAUGCAAGAGAAAGCAGAUAUAAACAGCACAACCUCAAAUGCAAAGGGAAGACGAGGCUCUGUUAAGAACAGGAGGAGGAUUGCUGGUGGUAUCAUGGGGCUUACUGAGCAAAAUAUUUCUGACUUUAGUGAUAAGAACAGAGAUGCUGUAAAUAAGGAAACAAAAAAUCCCAACAGGUCAAGAAAUCGAUGCACGAAUGGAAAACAGGAAAGUGUUAAACUGGGUGGAAAAGUGGACAGUCCUCUAAAGCACUUACAAAACAGGACAAGCAUGGCUAAUCCAAGGAGGAGCUGUAAUGCCAGAAGAUUGUUUUCUGACUCUAGUUCAGACUCUGGUAGCUCUUCAGGCAGUGUCAGAGACAGCAGAGGAAGCUGGGGUAGUUGGAGUAGUGCCAGCAGCCUGGAAGGAGAAAAAGAUCACACUACUUCGAAAUUAAACUGCAUUUCCUCUCCAACAAAAAGAGACGACCAUGUUUUUGCCUUUCUACCUGACAAAGAAUGUUGCCAACCACUGAACUCAAGUUAUAGAAUUCAAAGUGUGCAUAACCUGAAUCAAGGGGAAAAAUGCCACAUCCCAGAAUCGGUACCCACUCUCAGCUUUGCUGCUGUAGCAUCAGGAGUUGAGAGAAGUAUGGCUUUAGGUCCUUGUCAGUCAGAAGAAAUAUGGUCUCCAAUGCCUACUGCAUUAACUAAUGGUUUCAGAUACAAUACAUCUGAAAACAUGUCUUUCAUCCCUCCAGAAAAUGCUGGUGCCAUAUAUAGUCAUUUUCCAUGGACUACCAGCCAGUAUGCAGCUCCUUACCAUUACUCUGAUCAAAAUGGCCAUUGUGUAGCUUAUGAAGGUAACAUGAACUUCCAGAAUGCAUUUCAAGAGGUGCAGAAUGUUCAGUAUACUCCACAGGCCUUUUGGAAUGAAGAGUCACCACCAGACUUAGCAACGUCUUGGGAUUCAAAUGACUGUAUAGGUAGCAAGGCAUACUUCUCAGGAACCCGAAGCCUCUCCCCAAUGUCCAGUUUGUUUGGCUCUAUUUGGACUCCUCAGAGUGAUCCAUAUCAAAGCCACUUCCAGCACAAUAUGCGAUCAGUACCUCACUCUUCCCACCCAACUUUUAGCAGAGAACAGAGUAUCCACUGCAGACAAAAGCAGUAUUCUGGCUUUGAUCCUUUUGGCUGCCACAUGAAUUUGGACAUCUGGAAUUCCUCAUCCAACCAAGGUUCAAAUUCUCAACUUUCCAACGAUUCUGGGUACUGUGGGGAAGCCUGAGUGGAGUGUGGUUAAACAAAAUGCUAUGGGGAAAAUGUGAAUUUUUUUUCUCAGAAUUUAUUGGUGUGUAAAGUUGAAUAUUUGUUGUAUAUUUUUCUAGUCAUUUUGCAAAUUGAACCUUGGAAAAAAUAAACAUUUUGUAUUUGA